UCUCAUUCUGUUUGAUGUGUUAAUUGAAACAGACUGUCAUCUCCUUUGGCUGCAGCAAAAAUGGUAUAUAAAUGCCCGGCGUCACAGUGAAAAUUCAUGCAGUGUUCGGUGUUCACUUUUAGAAGUAACAACCAACUAACGACCAGCUAAACGAAGCGAAAACGAAAUAUCCUUGAAAUUUCUGAAGCAACUUUGACAGAAAGCCGCCCAACAACCGACUGAAGCAAAAUGAAUUUCUAUAUAUUAUCAGUAUUAUUGUUGGCUGCCUAUACCAUGGCCAUGCCACAAAAGCUUCCGAAGAGGAAUUUGGCGCCAUUAGAGGUAAUACACUGCAUGAUCGUUACCAGAUGUUUGUUAUUGCACCCGUACGCACCGAUGAUCACCAACGACAUAGCUUAGAUGCUUUACGAGCUUACCUGAAUUCAAUCAAUACGGACUCCACACAAAUGUUACGAAGAAUGUUACUUUCCAAACUAAUCGCGCAAUGUGAAAAUCAAAACAAAUCUUUGCGCAGCAACUUGUGCUCCCAUCUUUUGGAGGAAGUCUACUUUACACCCGAACUACAAAUCCCCUCUGACAGUUCAAAGAUCAAAAAGAAUUUUGAUGAAAUUGACAAGGCCUCGGCUAGCUUUAGCACUCUUAAUCAAUUGAUUUAAAUUGCCGUCCACCGAACUGAACAUUUGAAGUAGAAGAAAUGCAUACGAGAUGAUAAUGGUGUCCAAUGUAAUAUUACAGAUCAACUUAUGGUAUUUUUUUAUUAGUUUUAUUUUAGUCAAGCAACGUUGUGAAUUUACAUUUAACAUAGAAAACAAAAUAUUUAAUAAAA